AGUUGUCUAUGUUUUACAGGAAGCUCGUAAAACCCUAAAACCCCCAGAAGCUGCCCAAACAAAGCUUGAAAGCUACAGACUUCCAUGGCUGAAACACUGGAAAAGCCGCCCAAGGAGAUCGAAAGCGAAGACGAAGAGGAGGACCAGACCUUCGAAAAUCUCGGAUUGGACGGCCGCCUUAUUCGUGCUCUAAACAAGAAGAAGAUUCUCAAGCCCACGCCAAUUCAGCGAGUCGCUAUUCCUCUCAUCCUUGAGGGUAAGGAUGUGGUGGCCAGAGCAAAGACUGGUUCUGGAAAGACCUUUGCUUACCUACUGCCUCUGCUUCAGAAGCUGUUUACCGCUUCACAAGAAUCAACCAAGAAACUCGCUCCUACUGCCAUUGUUCUGGUCCCAACUAGGGAACUCUCUCAGCAGGUUUAUAAGGAGGUCAGGUCGUUGAUUGAACUGUGUAGAGUUCCAUUGAAAGUCGUACAGUUGACAAGCAAUAUGCCUACUUCUGAUUUGCGCACAGCUUUGGCGGGCCCGCCUGAGAUUCUGGUUUCGACUCCAGCUUGCGUGAAGAAGUGCUUGUCAGAUGGUGUUCUUCAAGCAACAUCCAUCGGUGAUUCACUGGAAAUGCUUGUGCUUGAUGAGGCAGAUCUUCUCUUGUCAUAUGGAUAUGAGGAAGACAUAAAAGCUUUGACACCUCACAUUCCUAAACAUUGUCAAUCUCUUCUUAUGUCUGCCACAGCAAGUGAUGAUGUUGAGAAACUAAAGAAGCUUAUUCUACAUAAUUCCUAUAUUUUGACUUUGCCCGAAGUUGGAGAUAUCAAGGAUGAGGUCAUCCCAAAAAAUGUUGAGCAAUCCUGGAUAUCAUGCACUGCUCGUGACAAGUUACUAUACAUCCUUUCCCUCUUAAAGUUGGAGUUGGUACAGAAAAAGGUUCUGAUAUUUACUAAUACAAUAGACACAUCCUUCAGAAUAAAGCUAUUUUUGGAAAAGUUUGGCAUAAGAUCUGCUGUUUUGAAUUCUGAGUUGCCACAAAAUUCUCGUAUCCACAUUCUUGAGGAAUUCAAUGCUGGUCUUUUUGAUUACCUGAUUGCAACUGAUGACAGCGAAACAAAGGAGAAAAAAGAAAAUGAUCAGAAAAAGAUCGAUUCAAAAAAUUCUAGACGACAUGCUAAACCCAAACCCAAAGCUGACUCUGAAUUUGGAGUGGUGCGAGGAAUUGACUUCAAAAAUGUACACACGGUUCUGAAUUUUGAUAUGCCUUUAAGUGUUGAAGGAUAUGUUCAUCGUAUUGGUCGUACUGGAAGAGCAUAUAGUACUGGUGCUUCUGUGUCUCUUGUUUCUCCAGAUGAGAUGAAAGUUUUUGAAGAGAUAAAGUCCUUUUUGGGUGAUGAUGAAGAAAAUGAUUCAAAUAAACUUGUUCCAUUUACUUUACUGACCAAGAAUGCAGUGGAGUCUUUAAGAUAUAGAGCUGAGGAUGUCUCAAAGAGUGUGACAAAACUUGCCGUGAGAGAAUCCCGAGCUCAGGAUUUGAGGAAUGAAAUUCUCAAUUCUGAAAAGUUGAAGGCUCAUUUUGAAGCCAACCAAAAGGAUCUAGAUUUGUUGAAACAUGACAAGGUUUUGAGCAAGAAGCCCCCUGCUCCUCACCUGCGAGUUGUGCCUGAUUAUCUGUUGGAUGCAACAACUAAAGAAGCCAGCAAGAGAGUUAAGCUUGCGAGAGCUGCAAUGGGUAACAACAACCCUGGUCGCCGUGGAUUCAAGAAAAAAUUCAAGAAAGAUAAGGACCCCCUUAAGUCUCUCAGUGCUCAGGGACCCAAGAAAGGAAGAAGGGAAAGAAAAGAUGGCAAUGAGAACCAUAAGCAAAAAAGGCAAAAGACUUAAUUUAUCUAUUUAUCUCGUCUGUGUUGUAUAGACAGGGUUUACUAGCCACUUCCUAAUUUUGUUUCAAUUUUUAGUGUUGGUUUGUGGCUUUAAAGUAGCUCAUGUAUCAUUUAUUGAUUAACCAUUAAAACAAAGAUAAGAUACAAAACAAUGAGAGAAGUGAUCAUAUCAUCAUCCUUAUGUUGACAGACUUCCGUCAAAUGGUGGCGGCGAGUAGAGAAAAUUGGUUUGUUAGGUAUAUGAUACACGUGUUUAGCUAUUCAGUUUCUGUUGUUUUUUACAAA